CUUCGGUAUUGAGUUCAAGUCACAUAUUACAAUUGACGACUUGCAAGAGAUUUUUGACCAGGAUCAACUAGGCGUCAGUAAUAUGCAAUCAUACAUCCGGUAAUAUUCACUCAUCCGAUAUAUUAUUUAAUUAGUCCCACAAUAUAAUUUAUUUACACUUUUCAAUAAAAAGAAUCUAAUGUUUAUUAUGUUUUUAUUUAAGGUUGUUGUAUGACAGAGUGUUGCGCGGGACUGCAUUGUCUAACAGAUUCCGGUUCGUGUCUUCCGCCCAUUGCAGCGGAAUGGAAAUUGUUUCGGAUCCGGAAUCUGUUAGACAGCGCUUAGUCGAUAGAUUCAUGUCCACCGGCAAUACAGAAUGUCUGCAUCUUUGGGCGUAUAAUACCCGACCAGUAGGAGCACACUGGUUGCUGCUUGCUAUCAACCCGAUAAGGGAAGUCGUGUAUUAUCUGAAUUCGGUAAAGGGUGAAUGGACCAAUUAUCCGGCCAUGAAGGAAAUCGUUGAUUUAUCAAUACAAGUAUUCCGUAGUCAACGGGACGCACAGGUAUCCCGGACUAAAUCAAACAACAUCACCUGGAUCGAAGUGCAGUGUCCGAUACAGCGUAACAGUUCAGACUGCGGAUACUUUGUAUUGAGGUUUAUGAAAGAAAUCAUUCAGGCGAAUCAAUUAGAGAUUCCUCCCACGUACCUUGACGAAUUCCGUGCUGCUGGGUACUCGAAGCUAAAGUUAGAAGAAAUCAAAGAGGAAUUGUGUCAAUUUUAUAUUAAGCAAUUUUUCAUGCAGAUUUGAACUAUAAUAUUGUUGAUUUUGUAAUGAUGUAUAUAUAUAAUUUUGUAAUGAUGUAUAUAUAUAAUUUUGGAUAUU